ACAGUUUCUGUAGUCCACACAGAAGAUCUGUCAGAGCUGCAUGUUAUGCUCCUCAUAUCUCUCUCUCACGAUAGCCGCAUGUAUUAUAAUAACCCAAAUCAUAGGCAACUAUGGCGUCCUUGUCAUUUUCGACCCUUUUAAAGACCCGAGACUAUCUGCACAAGUAUAAUUUGUGCAGUGUUUUGUAUACGCAUGGGUUUGUGAAUCGUUCCUUCAGGGCUCGGUUAUCGAAACGGAAUUUCUGUACCAGGUUCCGUGGAGCCAGGCAUGUAUUGGCAAAACAAACCGAACCCCAAAACUACGCUUCAGUGAUGUAUGCCAGCUCUUCAAGCAGUGAAGAUAUCACUAAGGGUCUCUGGACUGUUUAUAAUGAAACCAAAAAGAAAACUGAAGACUCGAUCCCGGCUAUAUGCAAAAACUCUGUCAACCCUGACACUAUUUUUGCCAACAACGAAAUGAGCCUCGGAGACAUAGAGAUUUAUGGGUUUGACUACGACUACACGCUGGCUUUCUACUCCAACCAACUCCACACCCUCAUCUUCAAUAUAGCCCGGGACCUCCUGAUCGCAGAGCAUAACUACCCCGAGGGCCUGCGUGACUAUGAAUACGUCCCAGAUUUCGCUGUCAGGGGAUUACACUACGAUGUUCAAAAGGCCCUGUUGAUGAAGAUCGAUGCCUUUCACUACAUUCAGUUGGGAACUGUGUACAGGGGUCUUCACCCCGUACCAGACGAGGAGGUCAUCGCCAUGUAUGACGGCAUCCAUGUUCCUCUGGAGAACAUGAGUGAUUUCUACGGCAAGAGCUCCCAUGGCCACACCCUGAAGCAGUUCAUGGACAUCUUCUCCCUGCCGGAGAUGACGCUGCUGUCCUGCGUCAACGACUUCUUCAUGAGACACAACAUUGACUACGAGCCCGUCCACCUGUAUAAAGACGUCAAGGCUGCCAUCAGAGAUGUCCAUGUCAAGGGCAUAAUGUACCGGGCUGUGGAAGCAGAUAUAGACCGAUACAUCUGCUACGGAGAGCAAAGCCACGCGGUGCUCAAGAAGCUGAAAGAGGACGGGAAGAAGAUGUUUCUCAUCACCAACAGCCCCUUGGACUUUGUGGACAGGGGGAUGAACUUCAUCGUGGGAAAGGCCUGGAGGGACCUGUUUGAUGUGGUCAUCGUGCAGGCAGACAAACCUGGGUUCUUUAACGACAGAAGAAAGCCGUUCAGGCGCGUGACAGAAACGGGUGUGCUGCUCUGGGACAGGAUACACAAGCUGGAGAAGGGACAGAUCUACAAACAGGGUAACCUGUACGAGUUCCUGAGGCUCACCGGGUGGAGGGGGUCCAAGGUGCUCUACUUUGGGGAUCACAUCUACAGCGACCUGGCUGACCUGACGCUGAGGCACGGCUGGCGGACCGGAGCCAUCAUACCCGAGCUGCGUCAGGAGAUCAAGAUCAUGAACACGGAGCAGUACGUCCACAUGAUGAGCUGGGUGCAGGCGCUCACCGGCCUCAUAGAGACCAUGCAGGUGCACCGGGACCCAGCGUCCCAAGCCGUGGUGCAGGAGUGGGUCCGAGAGAGGGACAACAUGAGAUCCCAGUCCAAGGAGAUCUUCAACUCCCAGUUCGGCAGCCUCUUCCGAACGUACCACAACCCCACCUACUUCUCCCGCCGCCUUUCCCGCUUCGCCGACAUCUACAUGCCCUCCAUCAGCUGCCUGCUGAACUACGACUUCCAGCACACCUUCUUCCCGCGCCGCACGCCCCUGCAGCACGAGGCCCCCUUCUGGCCCAACAUCCGGCCCGCUGAUGGCCGGCUGGACCAGGACUGAACCCCCCGUCCCCCCGUCCCCCGUCCCCGUCCCCGCCCCCGUCCCCGUCCCCGUGGUCGUUACCCGCCCUGAUCCGGUUCUUCUGGAGGAGGUCGUUGACCGCCCUCCCACCAGGCGCUGGUCCAGCUGUGGUUCCCAGCCAGGUCUAAAACCUGUGCUGUUUGUGUUUAGUAAUGCACAAACUAGUGGCUGGAAUGUAGAUAAGCCUCUGCUGCUCAUUGACGAAUUGUAGACGGGCCAAGUCUUGCUUUUAAAAAUGUAGAUUCAGAAACAAAAGCUAGAGUGUUUUAGUGUUAGGAGGAUGCUGAUACUGUUUGCCAAGCCAAAACGAUUUUAACCGAAAUCGUAUUUUUGUCUCCGGGCACCUUUAAAUACAUUUCAUAAUUGUAAUUCACAGUGUGUUAAAUUAUCUGUCUGUGUUGGUCUGUGAAAGAAAAGGGACAUGUUACAUAUCAAUAAAGUAUAUACAAAGUAAAACUAUUUUAGAUGCCUUUUUGGCUUAGACUUAUGUUAAGACUCAGUGUUGGCAUCGUACUAUUUCAUACCAUUUGGCUCCUCUUUUCGGUUGGAACUGAAAUAGUGUGUCUUUUUAUUCCAAAUUGAAAGUCUGUACUCCUACAGUAACAAGCACAAUGCAGUGCAGCUUGUCAGUAUGCAAACUCAAAUGCGUUGCUGUCUUCCCACCAAUAAUCAGGGCUGAAAGGCGGACAUGUUGUUCCAUAGUAGAUAGUUCCCCAUUUGUUAACGACAGCCUGCCUAUUCCUUGCUUCCUAACAAGAUCCCUCUUUACUUUUUUUCUAUCUCUUCACCUCAUCAAUUAUGCAUCCUGGUAGCGAGGAGAGAUGUGAUGCAUACUGAUGACUCAACAAGUUCUACGGAGGGGAUUUAUGUUUCCCUGAACUUGGAAGACAUCUUGUAAUGCAUUUUUUUUUUGGGCCCGUCGGUAAAGAGCACGUUUACACAGCUUAACGUUAUGACGGAUCACCUUUAUCGGAUGUAAGAUGUGGUGGAACUGUGUACAUUCUGUUUUCAUAUCGAGACACAAAUCAGACCAUGCAGUAUCUGUGAGCUAUGGUCUGAAGUUGCUUGAGGCGUGCACGUGCUUAACACACUAAAUCUCUUGUGACCUGUGGAGCAUCAUAUCAUUUAUUCUUGGGAAGAAUAUUGUGGAGAGGAAAUAUGUUUGGUUUGUAGAAAGUGUGCAUUUUGUGUGUAAGGAGGAUUAAAGUCUUCUUCACUGAUCAUAGGAUAUGGUGGUUUUGGUUGUUUUGUUGCUUUUUAAGUCAUUCAGAAGGAAUGGCCAUAGUUUCCUUAUUUGGAAGCAGGGAAAGCUUGAAUAUAUAUAUGAUUCACAUAAUUGUUUUAUUGGGCAUUUUGAUUAUUUGUAUUCGGUUCAACAUGAUGAUGCUGCAUAUUUAUUUAUAGGCAACACUGUUCCAUAAUUUACGCCUGUAAUUUUGGGAGGCAGAUUUGUGGUUUGCCUGCAGGAUUUUGUAUUUAUGGUUCAAUAAUGUCCUAAUUAUAAUGUCAACAACAUAGCAAUAUAAAAAGAAUGCUAAUAAACAAUGUUUAUCAAGCAAAAA